AUGGAAGCGGCGGUGCAUGCGUUCUUGAAGGAUGCGGAACUCCAACAGUUCGCGGAGCCCUUGGAGCAGCUGGGGGUGCAGAGUGUGACCGACUUGCAAGAUGUCAAUCACGAUGAUCUGCAAGACAUGGGCAUGAAGACUCUGCAGAAGCGACGGUUCGAUCGUGUGUUGGCUGGGCUGCUGGGUAAAGGACCAGAUGCCAAGCGACAGCGGCUUGAUCCGGCAGCGAGUGUCCAAAAACCGAUAGCGAGGCCGACAAUACCCACAAAUGAUCUGAAAGUCAAGCAGGCGGCUAUUGAUUCGUGUGGAGCGACUGCGGAGACAAACGCAGCGCGGGGAGUACCUGAUGUGGAGAUGGUGGAUGCAGCUCCAGAGGGCACAGCAGACAAGCAGUGUGGGGAUGUCAAGCUCAAUGAGGAUUUCUAUGAGCACUUGAACAGCCUGGAGGGCGGCGAAGAUGGCUGGGAUGUCAUCAUGGCGGAUGCUGAUGAAGCUCCGAUUGUCCAGGAAUCGAACGGUGCGAUGGUCCAAGUCAUCGUGCUGCAGACGGAUCUUCAAGAUGCGAUGCAUGUUGCGAAGCCGGUAACAAACAUAGAAGAAGUCAUUAACCUUUGCAACAUGGUAGAGCCCAACAGCGCAUGCACAGUUCCCAAACUUCGGCUGAACUUCGAAAAACUUGACAAGAAGCAGAUGCACGUGCUUGGAGUGCUCGGGGAGCCACAGGCCAUCAAGGAGUUUCUCGAGAGUUGUGCCGUGCCUGCACACGCAAUAGCCUCACUGACUACAUCGGUUGGCCUGUAUGCAUUACACCAUCAGCAGCGCUUGCUCUUGAUCUUGUGGCCGGGUCAGCGCGGAUGGGACCAGGCAUUGCGCCGGCCAUUCAUCAGUUUUGUACAGUUCCUGUUGCAACUCGCCCCGGACAUUUGUUGGCUGGUCGGUCAGAAGGACUUGGAUGCUGUGCAGGCUCGUGGGCAGACGGUGCAAACAACUGGGACAUCCAGGAGUUGCGCGUAA